GAUGCCCAAGACUCUCGCUGUGUAUAAAACAGCAACAAGAAGAGUUUCUGUACCUACUCAAACUAUUCACUCCCCUGGAUCUUGAGAGAAAAACAUGUUUACCGGAGAGAUGUUCACGCGCUUCGGAUCCGCGAUCGGCGGUCUGGCGGUCAUAUGGGCCAUGUUCCAGCAAUACAUCCCUCCGCAGCUCCGGGAGCACGUGGAGCGGUACACCCACAAGCUGGUGAGCUUCGUCAAUCCCUACAUUCAGAUCGUCUUCCCCGAGUUCUCCGGGGAGAAGCUGAAGAGCAGCGAGGCCUACACGGCCAUCCAGAACUACCUCACCACAAACGCCACCGCAGGGGCCAAGCGGCUAAGGGCGGACUCCGUCAAAGAUAGCAGCCAGUCUCUCAUUCUGAGCAUGGACGACCACGAGGAGGUCACCGACGUGUUCAACGGGGUGAAGGUCUGGUGGUCGUCGAACAAAACCACCCCCAAGAACAUGUCCUUUUCCUUUUAUCCAAAGACCGAGGACCGGAGGUUUUACCGGCUUACGUUCCACCGGCGGCACCGGGAACUGAUCACGCAAUCAUAUGUCAAGCACAUCUUGACCGAAGGGAAGGCGAUUGCGGUUAAAAACCGGCAGCGUAAGCUCUAUACAAACAACGCUAGCGAUAAUUGGUAUGAUUACAAGCAAACCAAGUGGAGCCAUGUGGUUUUCGAGCACCCCGCGACGUUCGAAACUCUGGCGAUGGAGCCGAGCAAGAGGCAGGAAAUCAUGAAUGAUCUCAAAAAGUUCAGCAAAGGGAAAGAGUACUACACCAAAAUAGGCAAGGCCUGGAAGCGCGGUUACCUGCUCUACGGUCCUCCUGGGACCGGUAAGUCCACCAUGAUCGCCGCCAUGGCUAAUUUCUUGAACUACGACGUGUACGAUCUUGAGUUGACGGCGGUCAAAGACAACACCGAGCUGAGGAAGCUGUUAAUCGAAACUUCUGGCAAGUCUAUUAUCGUGAUCGAGGACAUCGAUUGCUCGCUUGAUCUGACGGGCCAGAGAAAGAAAAAGGACAAGGACGAGGAAAACAAAGGCGGUGACAAAGACAAUCCCGCGAAGAAGAUUGAGAAAGAAGAGAAGAAAGGUAGCAAGGUGACUCUAUCUGGUCUUCUCAACUUCAUCGACGGUAUCUGGUCAGCUUGCGGGGGAGAGAGAAUCAUCAUAUUCACCACUAACUAUGUGGACAAGCUCGACCCUGCGCUCAUAAGGAGAGGAAGGAUGGACAAGCACAUUGAGAUGUCGUAUUGCUGCUUCGAAGCAUUCAAGGUUCUUGCAAGGAACUACUUGGACAUCGAGGAUCACGGGCUCUUCCCGACCAUCAGCGAACUGUUUGACGAGGCCAAAGUGACCCCAGCCGAUGUCGCAGAGAACCUGAUGCCUAAGUCGGAUGGUGAAGAUGCGGAGACUGGCUUGAGGAACUUGAUCGAAGCGCUCAAAGUCGCAAAGGAGCUGGAAGCGAGGAAGAAAGCCGAGGAAGAAGCGCGAGCAAAGGCCGGAAAGGAAGAGCAAGAGAAGAAAGAAAAUGGCGAGGAGGAGAUAGAGAAAGACAGCGGAAAAUCUGAUAAAGAAGUGAAGGAAAACGGGGUCAUCAAUGGAGGAAUGGCUGCCAAAGACGUGAAAGAGAAUGGCUUCGCAGCGUAGACGUUGAGGCCAGCCGAGACUGGAAAAAAUGGAAUGAUAUGUAGAUUUACUCUGCCUUGU